AUGAAUAAUAUCACGCACUCUUAUACUGUGCAGCCAAUUACAUCAGCUGAUGGUCAAUUAUUGCACAAAUUCUUCCUCAUUCUUCAGGAAAAGGAAAAGGAAUUCGGUGAAAGAGUAGAAAAAGAUUUAAUUGUACCACCAAAUGUCGUAGUACGGGCUUCAAAAUCUGGAAAAAGCAGCAAUGAAAAACAUCGUAUUUUUUUAAAUGAAGUUCUAAGUCCUUUGGUUGAUAGAAAAUUCCUUCUUUUCCUUGAUUGUUGGCCAACUCAAGCUGAUCUAAAAAAAUUAAGAACAGUAUUUGCACAUCAAGACAGUCAGUUAUUAAUUUUUCCGAAAGGAUCAACUGGUUAUAUUCAACCACAAGAUCUAUCCUUGUUUCGUUCCUGGCGAUUUAUUCAUGAGAAGAUUGAACAUUAUAUUCAUGUCAAUCGAACAGAAAUGAAUUUGAAUAAACGUCAAUAUUUUGUAAAUAUGCAUUCUAUCAUUCACAAUCAAUUAUGUGCUCCACAAUUUAAAAAUCAUAUAUUAUCAUGCUUCUAUACCCAAAUAAUGCGUAACAUAAAACUUGAAUAUCUUUGUCCAGGUACGCCAUCAGCAGCUCAUAUUUUAAAUACAUAUUUUGUACCAUAUAAUCCAGCUAUCCAAAUCAAUCAUAUCGUUUAUUUGAGUGGUCAAAUUGGAAUUGAUCCUAUAACAAACCAACUAGUAUCAGACGACAUUCAAAAUCAAACGAAACAAGCAUUGCACAAUAUACAAACUAUAUUACAUGCAGCUGGAUCAGAUUUGAAUCAAAUUGCACGAUGUGUUGUUCUUUUAACUGAUAUGAAUGACUAUCAAUUAAUGAAUCAAAUUUAUGCUUCAUUUUUUCUUUCAAAUGAUGACUAUCCAGCUCGGACAACUUUGGCUGUCCAAUCAUUACCAGCAAAUGCCAAAGUUGAAAUCGAAUGUACUGCAUAUACAAGAUGGUAUAAAAAUGAUCUAGCACAUGCUAAUUGCCAUAGACGUUUGAUUAUUUCAUCGUAUUUCAUUGUAUUUAAUUUAGUUUUUCAUCUAGCGACCAUCCCAUUUACUUUUUAG